AUGUAUAUUAAGAGCGUUGUCAUUCAAGGCUUCAAAACCUACAAAAACACAACAUCUGUUGAAGGUCUAUCGCCGCGUUUCAAUGUCAUCAUCGGAGGCAACGGUUCCGGUAAAUCAAACUUCUUCGCAGCUGUGAGAUUUGUUCUGAGCGAUGAUUACAGCAACCUGAAGCGAGAGGAAAGACAGGGCCUAAUUCAUCAGGGUACCGGGUCGGUUAUGAGCGCGUACGUUGAGAUAAUAUUUCAUGAUCCAAGUGGUCAGAUGAUGAUAACGUCCGGGAUCCCCAUGACGGAGGAGCACAUAGUAAGGGUGAGGAGGACAAUUGGUCUAAAAAAGGACGAGUACUCUGUGAACGGAAAAACCUGCCACAAAAGUGACAUCUCAAGAAUGUUCGAAAGUGUUGGCUUUUCUGCGGUCAAUCCUUACAACAUCGUCCCGCAAGGCCGCAUAGUCGCAGUCACGAAUGCAAAAGACCGUGAAAGACUGGCACUUUUGGAGGAGGUUGUUGGCGCUAAGUCUUUUGAAAUAAAGUUGAGAGAAUCUGCGAAGAAGAUGGAAGCCACAAACAGAGACCGCACAAGAAUCGAUUCUGAGCUUGCUGAGUUGCGGACUCGGCUGGACGAGCUGAAUGAAGAGCGCCAAGAGCUUGAGAAAUACCAGAAGCUCGAACGCGAUCGACGCAUAUUUCAGUUUGUCCUGUAUGACCGUGAACUGAAUGAAGUGACCAGCCAAAUCGAGAGCCUCGAAGAUGAAUAUAACCAUGUACUGCAAUCAUCCGAGGAGUUCCUUCAAGAGCUAUACAAGAGAGAGGAAUUAAUUGAAAAUGUUACAAAGAAUAUAAGCAACAUCGAGACCGAGCUGCGAGUGAAGGAGUCGAUGGACUUGCAACAGGAGAAAUCGCGGCUUCAAGAAAUCUCCAAACGAAAAGCUGAUCUAGAAGUUCAUCUUGAAGAAGCCAAAAGACAAGCGGAAGCCCACAAAAAGCAAACUUCAGUUGACCAAAACAAUCUCAAGACUGUUGAGGAAGAAAUUGAAAAGAAGAGCUUGCAACUUGAGCGCCUGAUACCCAGAUUCGAACAGUUGAAAUCUGAAUCUCAAGAGUUUGAAUCACAGCUAUCAAACUAUCAGAGAAGCCAACGUGAGAUUGUGUCGAAGCGAGGAAUAUAUGCGCAGUUUAAGAGCAAAGUCGAGAGAGAUGAAUGGCUCAAGAACGAAAUUGCAUCCUUAAAGGCACAACAUCAAGAUUUAGCGGAGCAGCUGGCGGCUUUGACUCGAGAAAAGGAACAAACUGGGUCUGAAGUUGAGGUUUUCAAUGAGGAGAUAACAGAAUUGAAUGAUUCAGUAAGGGGACCCGGUAUACAGGCAGAGCUUCAAGAUCUGCAAUCUCACCUUGAUAGUUUGAAGCAAAGCUACUUAGGAAAGAUCGAUGAGCGAAAGGAGCUCUGGAGAGCAGAGCAGAAGUUUCUUACAGUUUCUGAUGCGUUGAAUGAUGGCGUAAAGAGAUCCGAGCGGAACUUAUCGGAGACAAUGGACAGAGGACUUGCCAGUGGGUUGAGAGCAGUGAGAGAAAUAAGCGAGAGGCUGAAGCUUCCCGCUGACUCUGUUCACGGUCCACUUGGGGAGCUAAUAAAGGUAAACGAGAAAUAUAAGGCCUGUGCAGAAGCUGUUGGCGGCAAUGCUUUGCUUCAUGUCGUAGUGGACACCGAUGAAACUGCUAGCAUUUUGAUGGAAGAGCUUUAUAAUACAAAGGCCGGAAGAGUGACUUUUAUUCCGCUUAAUAGGAUUGCAGACAGUAAUCCUGUCACUUUCCCGGAUAAUUCUCAAGCAGAGUGUACACCGCUCAUAUGGAAAAUGAAAUACGAAAAAAGAUUCGAGAAAGCAGUUAGACAUGUGUUUGGAAGAACCAUUGUGGUGCGCGAUAUUGGCACCGGCUCGAAAUUAGCUAAAAGCUUUAAUCUUGACGCAGUAACGCUUGACGGAGAUAGAACCGACAAGAGAGGCCUGAUAACGGGUGGUUACCAUGAUUAUCAUAAGAGAAAUAGACUCGAUUGCUUGAAAGAGAUGAGUGCUGCCAAACGUCAACUCUUAGAGGCCACAAAGAACCUCGAUGCUGCUAGAGGGCAAAUUACAGCUAUUGAUACCGAGAUUGACCAGAUCAAUGAUGAGAUUAAGACACAGUCAUCAAGAAAAGAAGCAAUACUAUCCAACAUUGAAAAUAUGCGAGCCAAGCUCAACAAGAAGACCGCUGAACGGGCUUUGAAGAAAGAGAUUCUUGACUCCAUCACAACAAAGCACGCGAGGAUGGAAACAUCUCUAAAGCUAAAUGAGGAAAAGACAGAGAGAUUUGAGACUGAUUUGAACAAGCCCUUCGAGAAAGGAUUAUCUGAUGAAGAAGAACAAACCCUUAAAUCGUUAGCCGAUAAAAUGCGCGCCGUCUCUGAGCCUCUAAGUGUAACAGCAGACGCCCUCAAUGAGUUAACCUUGAAAAUUGACUUGUUAAAGGCCGAGUUAGGUGUGAAGCUGGUUCCUCAGAAAAAGGAGAUAGAAGACAGAAUUUCACAGGCUUCCGGCUCCAAGCGUCUGGCUUCAAGCGAGGAACUAUCUCAGAUUUCAACUGAGUUGGAAAAACUUGCAUCAAGAGAACAUGAACUCCAAACGUCCUUACAAGGCAUAUCUGAUAAUAUAGCGUCUUUGAAUGAAGAGAAAGAAAACAACCAGCAAAUUUUGGAAAAAGCCAAUUCUCAGCAGCGUGCACUCUUGAAGAAAUUGGACGGAUAUCAGAAGGAUGCGGAAAAGUCUGUCAUUAGGAAAACUACUCUAGUAUCCAGACGGGAUGAAGUGCAACAGAAAAUUAGUGAAAUUGGGUUGCUCUCCGAGGAAUCGCUAGAUCGCCACCAGAACUUGGAUAGCGAAGAGGUGCUGAGAAGGCUCAACGAGGUCAACGAUAAGAUUUCCAAGACAAGCAAUGUUAAUCGACGUGCAAUCGAAAACUUCAGAAAGUUUAACGAAAAAAGAGAGGAGCUUGAGAAUAGAGCGGAAGAACUUGCGCGCUCCAAAGAGUCUAUCGAGGAACUGGUAGACUCCCUGAAAAAGCAAAAAAUUGAGGCUGUUGAGGCUACCUUUUCAAAAGUCGCCAACAACUUCACUCACAUUUUCGAAAAGCUAGUGCCUGCCGGUGUAGGAAAGCUGGUCAUUCAUCGUAAUGAGAGCACCAGAAAUGCUAGCGGUGGGAGAGGUCCUCAGCAAGGUUCAGGAGCUAGUGGUAACGAGGACGAUUCUAUCGAAACGAUGUACAGUGGGGUGUCCAUCUCUGUAUCCUUCAACUCUAAAAACAACGAACAGCUUUAUGUUGAACAGCUAUCUGGUGGUCAAAAGACGGUAUGUGCUAUUGCUUUAAUCUUAGCAAUUCAAAUGGUUGAUCCAGCUCCGUUCUACUUAUUCGAUGAAAUUGACGCCGCUCUAGACAAGCAGUACAGGACAUCCGUUGCCAAUGUUAUAAAAGAGCUUUCUGUGCACGCCCAGUUUAUUUGCACAACGUUCAGGAGCGACAUGCUUCAGGUUGCAGAUUCUUUUUACCGUGUCAGGUUUGAUAACAAAAUUUCUGAAAUAUCUGCGGUUAGCCAACAGGAUGCUAUAAGGUUCAUAAAGGGGAAAUCAAGAAUGGGUGAGUUAUAA